AUGGAAGAAGCUGCAAAAAUUGUCUUAGUCGUCAUUAUAAGUACAAUGAGUUUUAUUUCAUACAAAAUGACUGAGCAAGAAGACACUAACAUUAUGACCGAUUCGGAUCUUGAAAAAGCCUUAGAUGCUCUAAGGGAACAAGAUUCUUCGGGCGAAGUUGGAGAAUUACUCAAAAUGAUGAAUGAAAAUCGAAUAAUAAGCUGGGAAGAAGCUGAACAGAUUCUCGGUGGUUCAUCAUAUAAUGAACCAGUGAAAUCAUCUCUUCCCGAACAGACUCGGCCUACUGAACCCGAAAAUGAUACCGACGUUGAUCUUUCAAUUCAGCGAUUACUUCAGAACGAUCCUAAACUUAAGCAAAUAAAUUUGAAUAAUAUGAAGCGCACUCCUAUUCCUCAAGUUCAGAGGUUAAUUGCUGCUAUACGAGACAAUACAAAUUUGGAAAAACUAUCUUUAGCCAACAUGAGCCUCUAUGAUGGAAAUAUUGAGCCACUGAUCGAUGUUCUUGAAAAUAAUUCAACACUGAAAGCUAUCAAUCUUGAAACGAAUUAUCUUAGUGGUGACUUUUUCGCUCGCCUUUUUAAAGCGGCUUUAAAGAAACAAACACUUGAAGAAGUGAAAGCAGUUAAUCAAGUAAUUUUUUUCUGUUAUUGUUCAAAUAGAGCAAAGAAAAUUGAAAUGAUUAAGAUAAUGUAG